GCGCGCAGGGCGGCUGCGCGGGUGUCGCACGCGCCGGGGAACUUGGUGCCAGAGUCCAGAAGUUCUCUGCCCAAGUGGGCGCUGCUGCUGCUGCUGCUGGUCUCGCAACCUUGCCCUUCCUUCGCGCGCCCCCUGCGUGGCUGGCCUGGGCUGCUUCCGCAGGGAUGCUGGGCGCUGCUCUGGGCCGGCGCCUGCUGCGCCCCCUCGUGCAGCCGCUGCUGCCCCCCGGGUUCCCUCCGCAGCCCGUGAGGCUCCCCUCCCGGGGGCAGCAGCACGGAAGCUGCCUCCCUCCUCCAGCAGGUGCAGAUAGUGUGAAGCCACUGGAUGGCGUGAGAAUUCUUGAUCUAACAAGAGUACUUGCGGGACCUUUUGCCACCAUGAAUCUGGGAGACCUUGGAGCUGAAGUUAUUAAAGUGGAAAAGCCAGGAGCAGGAGAUGAUACAAGAUCCUGGGGACCCCCCUUCCUUGGGAUGGAAAGUGUUUACUUUCUCAGUGUAAACAGAAAUAAAAAGAGCAUAGCUGUUAAUAUGAAGAAUCCUAGGGGAGCGAAGAUAAUUAAAGAGCUUGCAGCUGUUUGCGAUGUUUUUGUGGAGAAUUAUGUCCCUGGGAAACUGGCUGAAAUGGGCCUGGGGUAUGAAGACAUUAACAAGAUUGCACCUCACAUUGUUUACUGUUCAAUAACAGGCUAUGGUCAAACUGGUCCGAAGUUUCAACAACCAGGCUAUGACUCUGUUGCAGCUGCAGUUUCAGGCCUCUUGCAUAUCACAGGUCCCCAGGAAGGUGAGCCAGUUAGGCCAGGAGUAGCCAUGACUGAUCUUGCCACAGGAUUGUAUGCCUAUGGUGCAAUUAUGGCUGGACUUCUUCAGCGGUAUAAAACAGGGAAGGGGAUGCACAUAGACUGCAAUUUGCUCUCAUCUCAGGUCGCCUGCCUUACCUAUGUAGCAAGCACUUACCUGAAUUGCAAGACAGAAUCCAAACGCUGGGGUACUGCCCAUGCAAGUAUUGUCCCUUACCAGGCUUUCAAAACAAAGGAUGGCUACAUUGUGGUGGGAGCAGGAAAUGACCAACAGUUUGCCACUGUCUGCAAGAUCCUGAAUCUGCCUGAAAUCAACCAUGAUUCCAGAUACAAAACUAACCAGCAGCGAGUGCUAAAUAGGAAGGAACUUACUGAAAUUUUAACAGCCAGGUUUUUGGAAAAAGAGACCACCAAAUGGCUAGAACUCUUUGAAGCUAGUGGUGUUCCAUAUGGUCCAAUCAAUGGCAUGCAGCAAGUGUUCUCGGAUCCUCAGAUAUUAAUUUCCCGGGCUUGGCACAUGCAUGAUCAAGCAAUGACAUUGGAUUUGUUCACAUCAAGCUGUGACUUCUCUGGAGAACUGCCCUAAGAUCUUGUGGUGAAGGGUGGUAUAUAAAUCAUAAACAAAUCAUAAAUAUAUAAUAAAUAUGCUUUCAGACUGUGGUAUAGCCUGUGGUCAGUAUGAAAAUGCUAGAGGAAACAUAAAACCUCUAACUAAAUAUAGACUAAAAUUUAUUCAGCCGUGAUAAAAUUGACCAUCUGGACCAUUGGAUUUUUACUCUUUUAGGAUAGACUUUUUGAGGUCGCUCAGGUAUCGCCCCAGCAUUCUGGCAACAUAAAACAGACUUUGCAGAGUCACGUUGUGGGUCAUUUUUUCCUCCCUUAUCAAAUGUCAGAUAACUUCAGAGCCUGCUUACCUCUUUCUUUAAAUAACAAAGAGAGUUUAAGGGUGGAGUGCUGAGAUAUUUCUCCUGCCAACUAACUCACUCCCUUAACCAAAGCCAUAUGAAACCCAGUAAGCCCACUGGUAGUUUCCUUGCUCUGUUUACUGGCCUCUGGGAGAAGACCUCUUUGGCUUGUCUUUGAAAGGGGAACCAUAGGCCACUCGCUUCCCUUCCUUCAGCAGGGAUGUGCCUCCUGGAGGAGACUACCGAGAGGAAAUGAGCCUAGGAGCUCCUGUUCCGAUAGGGAGAUUUGCAAGCCUCUAUCUAUUUUUAGUCUGCUGAUCUUUCCACAUCUGGAAAAGCUUUGUGUGCAUAAAUAAUCUCAUCUGCAGCAAUGAAACGUGUCCAGGCAAAGGCCGUUGUAAUUGUCUUUACGAUAGAAAUAAUUGAUAUAUGAAUAUUGGCUGUGGCACACUUAAAGUUGGGGCCUGGGGCCUGCAAACUGUGACCUAAUAAUAAGGUUUCAGAGUGCAAACAGUUAUUGCCAGUUUUGGUGCUCCCCCUCGUAACAUGGAUACUUUUCAGGAGGAGCCAGAUGGAGACCACCAGACAUCAGUCACGGACCACCAAGAUCCUUAGGUAGAUGUGAAAUGGCAUUUCAAAAUCGGAAGGGGAUUUCCCUCUCCUUGCAUUAGUUCCUGGUUGCCCAAGCCUGUCUAUCUGAAGAGACUACCAGUACUACUACAAAUGCAAACUUGCUCUUUUUGAUUUGUUACUCAAUUUACAACACUGAAGAUUUUUGAGACCCCUGAUUCCUUUCCAGUUCCCCAAAGUCAUUGGGGAUAAAUGACUUCAACAGGAAAGGACCAUGCCUUCUUCACCCUGAUCCCUUGGGGUAUCAGUCAACUCCUGCCAGGACCAUUGGCGGGUGGGGGCUAUUGGGUUCUGUUUGUUUUUGUUUUUAUUUGUAUUGUAUGUUGUGAUUUUAUAUUGCAACUGCUCUGAGACCCUGAGACCUGCAGGUAGAACAGAACAGAACAGAACAGAAUCGAAUCAUAGAAUCAUAGCGUUGGAAGAGACCACAAGGGCCAUCCAGUCCAACCCCCUGCCAAGCAGGAAACACCAUCAAAGCAUUCUUGACAUAUACCUGUCAAGCCUCUGCUUAAAGACCUCCAAAGAAGGAGACUCCACCACACUCCUUGGUAGCAAAUUACAUUGCCGAACAGCUCUUACUGUCAGGAAGUUCUUCCUAAUGUUUAGGUGGAAUCUUCUUUCUUGAAGUUUGAAUCCAUUGCUCCGUGUCCGCUUCUCUGGAGCAGCAGAAAACAAGCAGAAUAGAAUAGAAUAGAAAUUUAUUCGCCAAGUACUUACAUACUUGGAAUUUGCUUUGGCUAAUUUUACAGUGUAAACGUACUUUAUACAAAAUAUCUGUUAAAUAUCUGUGUGAGGAUCUGAGUGGCAGAACACUAUUUCAAGCAAAGAGGAGCCACUCCGACUGCGCCUGCAGCUUUUGCCUUCUGUCCCUGUAGUGACUUCAGAACAGGUUGAGGUGGUUGUUGGUGCCUCUGGAGCCGAGUGAAUGGCUCUAGUUGAUAAUGCUUGACUUUGCUAUAAAACUGAUUCAGGUCGUUUGCCAAUUUUUGACUCUCCAGAGCAGAAUAAUAUGUUCUCUUAUAUUCAGUAAAAGAAGAUGUUCUCUUAUAUUCAGAAAUGUUCUGUAAAUUCUUCCAAAGAGUAGCCGAGACAUGUUUGAGAAUUGAGUCCGAAUCAUAGGUUCGUUUUGCCACUAUAAUCUCCUUCGUCAGUGCGCUCCUAGCUUGGUUGUACAAAUUUCUGUCUCCUUUCCUCGAACCCUCCUCUUUAGCAUAUCGGAGUUUCCUUGAGUUUCCUUGAUUAAUAGGUGCAGAUCAUCCAUUUUAUUGUCAAAUGUGUGAAGAUCUGAGAGGUAUAUAGAUGGUAAAGCCGAUCUCAUUCCUCGCCUUUGUAGCUUAAUCAAAGCACUAGCACUUUUUUGACGUAUCCAGAUCCUGCAAGGAGCUACAACUCCUUCAUCCAAAACGUCUUCGCAAUUUUCCUUAAGAUUGGAGUGUAAGUACACGAAAAGGCUGCUCUGAUGAUUAAAAUCUCAACCCUGGAAAAUGUAAUCCUGGGUGGUUAGCCAUAAGCCAUAAGGAGUGAUAAUAAUAGUAGUAAAAACCCCUUUCACUCUAACAAUUCCAUUAGGCAGCGGCCUCUUUACUGGCUUUAACGGCUCACUCCUUAGCAGUCCUCAUCUCCAAUCCUUGUCUACAACGCUGUCAUAAGAGGCAGUAAGAGCCAUAAAACGUAAACUCCUAAACUCUAUAGGAUGGUAUACAUUUUAUAAUAAUAAUUAAUAGGUCCCUCCUCCUGAGCCACCUACCUUCCUUGCCAGAGGCAGUACACCUUUGAAUACCAGUCACUGGUGAUUGCAGGGUGGGAGAGAAUACAGUUGCACUCUGCUUCUGCUUGCAGACUUCCUUGUGGGCAUCUAACUUUUGUUCCUAGUCUGUAUGUUGUAAUGGAUAAUUCAGUGUUCUUGCCUGACCAGCAGGGCUGUUCUUAUCUCCAUAGGCAGACUUCACAUCUAGUGUCAGGACCCUGCCUUCCACUAAACAGUCAGAAGAUACACUUAUCCACACUCCCAGUACCCUCCCAUCUGGAUUUCUGCAAUGUUCCUUUGAAAACAACCCAGAAGCCUCAGAUGCUCUACAGCAAGGCAGCAAGAUGGCGAACUGGGACUGACUGAUACAAUUCAAUCACGCCGCUAUUUUGCCGCCUGCACAGGGUGCCAGGGUGUUUAUUGGCCCAGUGUUGCACUGUGAACUUCACAAGGCGCUUUGAGAACAAAAUAGUGAGUUGCUUACAGGGGUAUGAUGAACUUCAUUCCCUUUUAAUGCUUGCCACACACGGCUUAUUCAGUCUAGCCAAGGGGUGCUCAUUGGAGAGGUCCAGAGGGCGAUCUGUGCCUCCCUGUGAGAGAGGGUAGUAGCUGCUGUCUUGUAAAAGACCCCCCCCCCCACACACAUCUCUCUCUGGACUAACCACGAAUGUCUGAUUCUUGGGCAAGGUGCUGGAGCAUGUUGUGAGUCCGUAAGUGCAGGAAUGCUUGGAUGAAGCUGAUCACCUUGAUCCAUUUCAAUCAGGCUUCAGGCCUGGCUUGGGCACUGAGACAUAUUUAGCUGUUCUACUUUGUGACCUGUACUGUAUUGGGAGAGAGAGAAGAUUGCGUGUGGCCCUGUUGAUUCUCCUUGCUCUUUCAGCAAGCUUUGAUACCAUCAACCACGGUGUCAUUCUGGAGUGGCUCUAUAGGUCAGAAGCUGGGGACUGUGUUGAGGCAAUGGUUCCACUUCUACCUCUAGGCUGUUUCUGGAGAGCAACACUGGGUGAUUUCUGCUUGGGCCCAUGGCAAUUUUGCUGUGGGACCCCAUCUUGUGCCCAAUGCUAUUUAGCAUUUUAUAUGACACUGUGAGGAGCAGUCAUCAGGGGGUUUGGAACCUGGGUCUCAUCGGCCACAGCUGGUUCUCCACAUAUAGAAAUUACUGGAUCAAGAUAGUCUUGCUGUGGUCCUACAUGCUCCGGUUACCUCUCAUAUGGACUUCUGUAGUGCACUCGAUAUUGUCCAGAAACUGUAGCUAAUGCAGAAUGCAGCAGCAAUGUCAUAUGGCAUCUGUUUUGCGGGAUCUCUAUUGGCAGAUUUUAUGUUACUGGGUCCAAUCCAGAGUGCUAACACUGAAGUACAAAACCCUUUGUGACUUGGAACCUAGGUAUAUGACAACACAACAUCCCUAAAUAGACUACCCUGAAGCCUGAGAUCUGCAGAGGGGAUUCUGUUUGUGGUCCUGCCAACAAGCAUUGUAGGAACCCAUAAAACGGAUUUUCUCUGUGGUGGAACACCCUUUACAUGGUAGCAGGAAUGGUCUGGAUUUUAAUGGGCCUUUGCUGCAGGGUGAAGGCCCAUCUUAUUUUCUGAAGCAUUUGAGGGAUGAAAUUUGAUUUCUUCCUUUCUGGUUCUCUUUUGUAUAUCGUCCUUGUAUCUAAGAUUAGCAUGGAUGCAGAUGUUUCAAUUUAGGUUUGAUCUGCCAUCAUGCAUUCAACAAAAUCUUGUCUUCAGUUGCUCACUAUAAACAGUGAAGUCUCAUAAAAUCAUACUGGCUUUUGUGCCAUCACCUUAAACUCAUAGGUUGGUUUUUUACAUGAAAGAGAUCCCAAAUUAACUAUUUGGAACACAGAUUAUGUGCGUGCAUGCAAAUCCAUAUGCCCUUUCCAUUUGUUAAGCUGCUGAAGAAAUGUGUAUAUGUGUGUGUAUAAUUAUUCGACAUUGUUCUUUCUUUAAACUUCAUAUCGUUUGGUACUAUUUCUUACUGUUCAUUUCCUGGCCGUGCUUGUAAGUAUUGUGCUUCCAAGAUACUAUCUGUGAAAUCAUAGAAGCUGCUAAUGCAACCUGUUUGCUUCUUUUCCUUUUAAACUCUACAUCUAAGCACAGGUUUUGUCCUCCAGCAACUUGGCUGUCAAUGGAAAUGGCUUAAUAACUGUAUGAAGCACUUCGUGUUGAUUUCAUUGGGCCUUUUAAACAAACAAAACAAAUGAAUAACUGGCCUGCACAUGUAGUGGGAAGUUGCAGUUGGGCCUGCCAUAUAUACACAGCAGCCAGAUGUGGUGACAUGGACACACAGUGUUCCCUCGGGUUACAGACUUAAUUCGUUCCAGAGGUCCGUUCUUAACCUGAAACCAUUCUUAAGCCUUUGUUAAUGGGGCCUCCUGCUGCUGUGCCGCUGCUGCGCGAUUUCCGUUCUCAUUCUGGGGCAAAGUUCUCAACCUGAGCUACUACUUCUGGGUUAGCGGAGUUUGUAACCCGAAGCGUUUGUAACCCGAGGUACCACUGUAAAUUGAAUCAUCCUCUUUAUUGCUAAGAAUUCUCUCCUUGAGGGGAGCAAUUGUAGAUUGCAUAAUGUUUUCUCGGUGUUUGAACCAUUUAUCACAUAUUAUCAUAAGCGCCACUUGGGCUUUUGUCCUGCCCAGUUUAUGAAUCUCUCAUGAAUAGCUAUUUGCCAUCAGCUGCUGUUGGAUCUGCUUUGUGCCUUGAUAGACUCAUUUCUGCCAGGGCAGCUAUUAUUGCAGUUGUCUCAUUGAAACUGGACGAAACAACAAAUGUUGUGGUUUGCAGAUUGUUGACACCAGUGGGGUCAUAGUAGAUAGCUCAGUGAAGAUGUCGACCCAGUGUGCAGCUGCUGUAAAAAAAAAAAAAAAGGCAAUUUCCAUUCUAGGGAUCAUUAGGAAAGGAAUUGAAAAUAAAACUACUGAUAUCCUAAUGAAGUUAAACUAAUCUAUGGUGCAACCCCAUUUGGAAUACUAUGUAGCAUGUCUGCUCGCCUCACCUCAAAAGGAUAUUGUAGAGUUGGAAAAGGUUCAAAAAAUGAGCAACCGAAAUGAUCAAAGGCUGGAGGACUCCCCUGCGCGGAAAGGGUGCGGCAUUUGGGAUGUUUUACUUUAGAGAACAUGUGAGUAAGAGGCACCAUGAUUAAAAAAUUAUGCUUGGCAUGGAGAAGAUGGAUAGGGAAAGGUCCCUUCUUUCUUGUAACACUGAGACUCAUAGACUGCCAGUGAAGCUGAAUGUUGAAAGAUUCAGGAUAUCUUACCUGUUUUGUGUCCUCUGGUUGCUUCAGUUUGGGUCUGUGCAUGUGCAUUGGGAGUAAGUUCACAAUCAAAAUUAGUUAUGUACAUUAUGUUUUGUUGUUACCUAUAUUUUGUUUUUGACCCCUCCCCCCAGUAAAAAUCAUUUUUUUAAAAAUAGAUUCAGGACAGAUAAAAGAAAGUUCAGUGGUACCUCAUUUGAAUCUGCCUUGUUGAGUGCAUAUUUUGUUGGAACGUCUGCAGCAAACCCAGAAGUUCUGGAACGGGUUACUUCCGGGUUUGCUGCUUGCGCAUGUGCAGAAGUGCUAAAUUGCGCUAUGCACUGAAGCACAAACUGCUCCGUGUCUGUACGCAGAGUGGUGCUUUGUCGUGUCUCUGGGGCUCCGGAACGGAUCCCGGUCACAAAACAAGGUACGACUGCACACAACACCUAAUUCAACUACAGUGGUACCUCAGGUUAAGAACUUAAUUUGUUCUGGAGGGCCGUUCUUAACCUGAAACUGUUCUUAACCUGAGAUACCACUUUAGCUAAUGGGGCCUCCCGCUGCCACCGCACGAUUUCUAUUCUCAUCCUGUAGCAAAGUUCUUAACCCGAGGUACUAUUUCUGGGUUAGCGGAGUCUGUAACCUGAAACGUCUGUAACCCGAGGUACCACUGCAUGUCACUCCCAUCAUUAGCAGGGGCGAAUUUGCUCCACCCCACCCGUUAGCUAAGGAAACUCCAUAGACAUUUCCUAAGGGCAGGAGGCAUAGGGGGGUCAGACCUGGUCAACUGAGGGCUGCUUUGACCUCUACUCAUCCACUACAUGCAGCUGCUGACAUGCCCUGGGGAUAAGAGGAGUGCUCCCCUUCAUAUGUUGAAUAAACUCGCCCACCCUAAGUUAUUAAUUGACUCUUGAUUUCUUGAUUGAAUAGCUGUAACAGCAAUAUCAUUAAAGUUGCCCAUAUGCCCAGAAGAAUAAAAACUGGCCUCACCGAAGUAAACAUAGGGAAGCAUUCAGAAUAAGCAGUGCCUGAGAGAAAACAGAAGGAGGGGAAAACGCAAUGACAGCGACAAACGUACAAUGCAAGGUUUAUCUAUUUGUAAUGUUUUAAUAUUACUGGCUGACACCUUGCCUUAAAUGCAGCCACUCAUGGCCAGCUCAAAAUUGAAAGGUUUGAGUUAGAUGCUAUACGUGUUUAUUUCUCCAUCUGUUUCCUUCGUUUCUGAGUUCCAAAGUCUUUCUUUUUUGUUCUUAAAUUCUCUAGUGUCUAAGAAUCCCUUUAGCAUUCUUGCUAUUCUUGUAAUUGAUAGAACAGUCACAUUUGCUAGAAUACACCUAAGGGGCUUUUUGAAUUGUCGUCAUGUUGCAGCACUGAGGCAGCAUUUUGAAUGGAAGCCAGUCGUAGCUUUGAAUAAUUUGGUACUGGGUAAUGAGCUCUGCAGACAUUUCAAAUACUGUUUUCCGUCUAUAGGCAGGUGGGUCUUUAAUCUAGUAUAUUUCCCUCCUUAACUAACAUGAUGUCCAGUACAGUAUACAACUUCAUCCAUUUUUUGGACAGUGUCUUGCCAAAAGGAUUGUAAUCUGGAUUUUGCAACAAAAAGGAGACUUUGUUGCCUUCCUGUUUGCGAUGGUGAUUAUUGCCUACAGUCUUCCUUUAAAAGCAAAUUAUAAAAAGUCAGGCAUUACUUUCCUUCCCACAUUCUAAUUUUCAUGGGCUUUGGGGGCUGUUUAGGUCUCGCUAAGAGAGAAGCAAAGGGCUUGUUAAAUGGAUUACCCUCAGAGCUCCCCCUCCCCCCACCCCAUCUUCCCUUGGUAACUGCAGUGCAAGCAGAUUGUACUCAGAUUUUGGACCAGAAAAGUCUUGUGUGAUGCUACACACAUAAGGUUUCGUGUCAAGCUGUAGUUUUACAGUUCUAUUCUAAACAUGUGUGCUCACAAUCGUUCAAUGGGGCUUUACUCCCAGCGCAAGUGGAUAAAGGAUCGCAGCCUUAGACAGUGUCUCUAGCCUCUAUAAAUUAUGUGGAACUUUGUAAAAUGGCCGUGGUCCCGUGAAGAGUAUCAUAAAUCCCCAUAAGUGUUUUAGGGUCAGUGUGUACAAACCCAGAUGUUUUGUAGGAACUUGUAUUUUUUUUAUUGCCCUCUGGAUGAAAGGUGAAGCACCAGACCUCAUGGUCCUUGAAGUCCUUCACAGCAGGUUUGAUGUGCAGAAGAUGUGGUCCAUUUUGGAGGACCAAACAUUUAUGUUCAAUGUCACUCGUGCAUAUCCAAUAUUGAUCUUGCCCUCCCCCGCCUCUCCCCAGUUGCUCCCCAGGGGUUUGCCUUUGAGCCUCUCUCCUCUGUGCGCUGCAAAGGAUGCCCACCCUACAAGGCAUGGCAAUUAAAGCUACUCAGAGUGUGGUCCAACAUAGUAUGGGGCUCCCCCAGUCAUCGGGCUGGAAUACUUCUAAGAUCCUCAUGAAUAGUGUGAACAACAGAAGCUCAGGAACAUACAACCACAAGACACAGCGCAAUAAUUAAAAGGGGAAGUUCAGAAUGUUUUAAUAGGGGUAACUUGGUAAUAAAAACUGCAAAAUUCAGUGCUUUAGUUUUAGAACAAUAAUUUAGAUGCCAGCAGCAGCAAUAAAUGCCUUAAUAUUUUGAUUGGGAUUGAAACCCCAACCGCCCAAUCUUAAUAAGUGAUUGCUCAGUGAAAACAGGCAUAUUAAAUUUAUUCCCUGGCUUUUAAAAACUGUUUAAAAUGGUUUCCAACCUGCUCCAAAACAUAUUGGAACUCCACGAUGUUUGCACAUUGCCUACCUUGAGGUAUAUAGAUUUACAUUUCUUGCUGAUGUUUCCAGGAAGUGAUGAAUUAACUUGGUUUAUCUUAUUAAAAUAGCAACGAUGCUUUAAGAACAAGCGUUGAUGAAAUUAGGCAUUAAUUAUUUUAGAAAAAACUAAUUCUCUCUGAUGUAUGUGAUCUAAGUAUUGGUCCUAUGCUAUUUUCUACAUUUGACACAGCUGCUUAUGCUGUCAAAACUCUUCUGGAACUUGUAUUCACCACAAAUGAAGGAAUGCUCUGAGUAGCAAGUCUCCAGUUUUAAACAACCAACUUGGGCCAGAAAUUUCCUGAACGUGGUUGAGCUCAGCUUCAGAUGUAGGCCAGUGACUGACGUAUCUCCUUACUUGAUCUGAUGCUUAAGAGGAAACUCUCCCUUCCACUACUUCCACUCCCUUCCUUGUGCACCUGGCCAGUUGUGCAAUGCCUGACCAAUGAACAGCUGCUAACAAUGAGGAAAUUGUGCUUUGUAAAAAGUAGUUCAGGAUCUGUUGGCUACUCUCUUGGGAGAUUUGAAGCAGGAGGGACUACUUUUGUGCCAGGAUGGGUUUUUCCCAAUUUGAAAUGAUUGUCUCUGUGUUGAAUUAAACACUUUUAUCUCAUUCAUACACACACACACAGACACACACACACACACAACUAAUUUCUUUAAAGGGACUAUCCCCACACUGGCACACAUCUGGGAGUAUUGGAUGUUUUAUAACAUACAAAUAUUUGUAGAUCUA